AUGAAGUUCUCCAUUGUUGCUGUGGCCUUGUCAUUUGGCAUUGCUUACGCCGCCCCCUUUUCGCGACUGGAAGGUCGGGCUAUUGAAGUUGAAACCGUUAGCCACGUCGAGAACAAGACACCCGCAACUGACGGUGAUCCGUACGGGCCAUUUAAGUCCAGAAGAGCCGUCGAAGACAAACCACCUGCGUCUGAUGGUGAUCCGAACGGUCCAUUUAAGUCCAAGAGAGCUGUCGAAGAGGAAGAGAAUGAAGCCCGCUCCCUAGACGACGCGUUGGAGGAGAGAGACCCGAAGGACAAUCGCAAUGGGGCAGCAAGAGCACCAAUUUUCCAUGGCGAUCCAGCAUUCGGCCAGUAA